AACAUUUUUCAACCGACCGGCGUCAGUUUAAGCUGCUCCAUCAUUUAUUAAUUAACAGGUUGAUUAAUUCCCACUGGUUUGACAAUGGAGGAUGACGCACCAGAAUUCAUUGAGGUCCAUGAAAUAGUAAUCCAGAAGCUUGGCCAUGUCCCCAUUGUCAAGGGGGACUUCCACAUGCUCCCCAAAAAAGUUCAGAAGUUUAUAGCGAAAUGGGUGUAUAAAUGUAAACCCCGAGCGCUGUAUAUCUGUGACGGGUCCCAUGCAGAAGCUGAGGAGAUCACACACAAACUGAUAGAGAGGGGAGUCCUCACACCGCUCCCCAAAUACGAAAACUGCUUUUUGUGUCGUACUGAUCCUGCUGAUGUGGCUCGAGUAGAAUCAAAAACGUGGAUUGCUACUGAUGAUAAAUACGAGACUGUACCACACGUACGCCCUGGAGUGAGGGGAAUUCUGGGACAGUGGAAAAGUACCAAGGAUCUGGAAGAAGAAGUGAAUGAGGAUUUUGAAGGAUGUAUGGCAGGUAGAACUAUGUACGUAAUUCCCUUCAGUAUGGGGCCUAUUGGAGGACCCCUCAGUAAGAUUGGUAUCCAGCUGACGGACUCAAACUACGUCCUCCUCUGUAUGAGAAUCAUGACCCGUGUUUCAGCCACGAUCUGGGAGGUGCUGGGAGAUGAUGAUUUUGUAAGAUGUGUUCACUCCAUGGGAUGUCCUCGACCAGUCCAGAGAAAGGUAAUCAAUCAUUGGCCAUGCAACCCAGACAAGAUAAUGAUUGGACAUUUCCCAGCCCGACGUGAGAUUACAUCAUACGGCAGCGGUUAUGGUGGUAACUCUCUGCUCGGUAAAAAAUGCUUUGCUCUGAGAAUCGCCAGUGUCAUUGCCAGAGAUGAAGGAUGGAUGGCCGAGCACAUGCUGAUUAUGGGACUGACCAAUGAAAAGACGGGGGAGGAGAAAUUUGUCUGUGCUGCUUUCCCAAGUGCUUGUGGGAAAACAAAUCUCAUGAUCAGACCAACCAUUCCUGGAUAUAAAGUUCAAGUCAUUGGAGAUGAUAUUGCCUGGCUGAGAUUUAAUGAGAAAGGAGAACUCCGGGCCAUUAAUCCAGAAGCUGGGUUCUUUGGUGUGGCUCCUGGCACUAACAUGAAGACCAAUCCCAAUGCUAUGCUUUCCUUCCAGAAGAAUUCCAUCUUUACAAAUGUGGCUGAGACAGCUGAUGGUGGCUUCUAUUGGGAGGGAAUGGAAGAUGAAGUUGAUAAGAACAUAGCAAUUACUAACUGGCUAGGACAGCCCUGGAAGAUAGGAAUGCCAGGAAAUGCUGCCCACCCUAAUUCCCGAUUCACCUGCCCGGCUGCCCAGUGUCCCAUCAUCCACCCCAAAUGGGAGGAUCCAGAAGGAGUCCCCAUCAGUGCCAUCAUUUUUGGUGGAAGACGCCCAACAGGUGUACCCCUGGUGUUCGAGUCAUUUAGCUGGCAGCAUGGCGUUAUGGUUGGAGCCUGUGUUAAGUCCGAGUCGACUGCAGCUGCAGAACACACAGGAAAGAAAAUCAUGCAUGACCCAAUGGCAAUGAGGCCAUUCAUGGGCUACAACUUUGGGAAGUACUUGCAGCACUGGCUUGACAUGGAACAACCUGGCAGAAAGAUGCCAAAGCUUUACCAUGUGAACUGGUUCCGUGUAGAUGAACAUGGUAAAUUCCUGUGGCCUGGUUUUGGGGACAAUAUUCGUGUUCUCGAUUGGAUCUUAAGAAGGUGUGAGGGAGAUGAAUCUAUUGCCGUUAAGUCUCCAAUUGGUUACCUCCCCAAAAAAGGGAGCAUUAACCUGGAUGGAAUUGAGAAACUUGACUGGGACGAACUUUUCAGCCUCCCCAAGCACUACUGGCUGGACGACACCAGGGAGAGCAAGAGAUUCUUGGAGGAUCAGGUCGGUAUUGAUGUCCCUCAGCCCAUCUGGGAUGAACUCAACGCCCAGGAGAAGCGCAUAGAGGAGGAGUUAUAAGACCCUUCAGCAAUAGAACUAGGUGAUCUAAGAGAGACAAUCUGAUCUUUCCUGCUAUAAGCUUGUACUUUUUUUGCAUAUUUAGGAAGGAGUUAAUAUCCUGCCUAAUAAAGACAUUAAUUUGUGAAUAACUGUUGUCUAUACUAAGUAUAGGAAGCAAAAUGUAUGUUUUAGGGAAAAAAAGUGUGAACAGGAGUUAGUUUUUCUUAAAAAUCAUGGAUACAAAAUGCAUAAUAUUAUAAAUCCUUUAGUAAAAAUCUAUACAUGAUAAUGAAUUUCAAAGAAGGUUGGUUUUAUUACUACAUCUUGAUAUGUAAGAUUUUUUUGAGCCGUUUGUUAUAUUGAUAUUUUGUAUUCACCGUUGUUUAGCAUUUUUUUUUUUUUUGUUCUGAGAGACUUGAUAACUCUGCUAACUUGAGAUAGAUGUAUCAGAUAUGCUUUUGUCCAUAAUUAAUUGUUUGUUCUGUUUGUUAUAGAUCCCAACAAUUGGUGCAUUUUGUUUGUUAAGCUUUUGCUUGCUUGUGCCAUUUUAAGUGCGUUUUUAUUUUGUAGGAUGUACAUGUAAUAAUUCAUUCUAUUUAAGUAAAUAAUAGUCUCAA